CAGCCGCACCCCCUCACGUUUUCUUCUUCAGCUCGCGCUGCUACUGGCCUCCGCGACAAGCGACGGCGAGCUUCUCCCAGCGACGGCAGCGUCCCAAGGACUGUUCAGAGUCUUUCUCUCGGCGAUUCGUUAGCAACCGACGAACUUCCGCGAGCGGCGGCGGUGAAGAUGGCGAAGAAUAAAACUUUGGCUCCUCCGAAAGGGGCAAAGAAGGGGAAGAAUUUUCCACUUAGUAAGGAUCCUUUCUUUAGUUCUGAACCAAGGAAACGAAGGAAGAUUGUUGAUGAUGAGAUUGAGAGCGGCGAGUCAGACGAGGACAAUGGGUUCGUGAGCGCUGAGGAUGUGGAGUUUGAGGAAGAAACUGCUGACGAGAAAAGGAAGAGAGUAGCUAGCGAGUACUUGGAGAAAAUUCGGGAAAUUGCGAGGAGAGAAAAGGAGAGGGAGGAUAAAGAGAAGGACGAGGAUGAGAGUGGCGACGAAGGCGAAAAAGAUUCACUUGUUGCACAGAUUCUUCAGCAGGAGCAGCUCGAAGAUAGUGGAAGGGUUCGGAGAGAAAUUGCUUCACGGGUUCAGAAUCCAGUAGCUAGCGAUGAAUUUCAACUCUUGGUUAAGCACAGGCAGUCCGUUACAGCUGUGGCUCUAUCCGAGGAUGAUUCGAAGGGGUUUUCAUCAUCUAAGGAUGGUACCAUCUUACGCUGGGAUGUAGAUAGUGGUAAAGGGGAGAAGUACCAAUGGCCCAGUGAUGAAGCAUUGAGAUUGCAUGGUGCUAAGGAUCCCCAAGGUCGAGCUACUAGGCAUAGUAAAGUCACUUUGUCGUUAGCAGUCAGUUCUGAUGGUCGAUAUUUGGCAAGCGGAGGCUUAGACCGCCAUGUGCAUAUAUGGGAUAUUCGUACAAGAGAGCAUAUUCAGGCAUUUCCUGGUCAUAGAGGACCUGUUUCGUGUUUGACUUUCAGGCAAGGGACCUCAGAACUUUUUUCUGGUUCAUAUGAUCGAACUGUCAAAAUAUGGAAUGUGGAGGACAGAGCUUAUAUAAAUACAUUAUUUGGUCACCAAAGCGAAGUAUUGACUAUUGAUUGCCUACGGAAAGAAAGAUUACUUACUGUUGGACGUGAUCGGAGUAUGCAAUUAUGGAAGGUUCCAGAGGAGUCCCGUUUAGUAUUUCGUGCGCCUGCAUCAUCCUUGGAAUGUUGCUGUUUUAUUAGCAAUGACGAGUUCUUAUCUGGAUCAUCCAACGGCAGUAUUGAGCUCUGGACUGCAUUAAAAAAGAAGCCUGUUUAUAUUGUACGAAAUGCUCAUCCUUCUUCAUUGUCUUGCUCAAAUUUGGAGCUAAAGGAAAAUGGAGCCAUCCCCAAUGGUUGUAUGGGAAAUGGGGAUGUGAAUCAUAAUACCUCUCCUAGCUCCUCGGCACACUCUUGGGUAAGUUCAGUCUCAGUAUGUAGAAACAGUGACCUUACUGCAUCGGGUGCUGGCAAUGGUUCUGUUCGUUUAUGGGCUCUCACAAGUGAUAAGAAAGAUGUUCGACCAUUAUAUGACCUCCCUCUGGUUGGGUUUGUGAACUCCUUGACUUUUGCCAAAUCUGGAAGGUUUGUGGUAGCUGGAGUUGGGCAGGAACCUCGACUAGGAAGGUGGGGGAGAAUCCCAGCUGCUCGGAACGGAGUUGCAGUUCAUCCUCUUAAGCUCUCGUGAGAUUGAACUGAAGAGUUCUAUCCCCAUCAAAUUUUGACUUCUCAGAGUUCUAAAGUAAAAUUGAAAAAGUUCGCCUCUACUCCCUCCAUUGCUCUCUGUAUUUUAUUUAUUUAUGUAUUUUUUUUUCACUUGCCUUAACUUCUUACCACAUUUUGGCCAUGGUAGCAAUUGUCAAAUUAGAGCAUUCAUAUUUCUUACUGAGAAGGGUGAGUUGGCAAGCCAUUGUGGGCUUUAAAAGGGUUCCCAAAUUGUAUUGCAAAGAUAGAUCCUGUUCAUAAUUACAUGGGCUCAGUUGGGUUUUUCCAGCA